GUCAGUUCGUGGUCGUCCUUUCCAGAAAAAAAAUGGCAGCUGUUGACAUCGACGUGCCGGUUGACGCUGAACCUCAGAUCCACAAUCCGGACGACCUCGAGCGUCAGGCUGAAGGCUUCAAAGAGCAAGGAAAUGCAUUCUACAGCCAGAAGGAUUACUCUGAGGCUUUCAACUAUUACACUAAGGCCAUUGAUGCGUCCCCUAGAACUGCCAGCUAUUAUGGCAACAGGGCAGCCACCCUCAUGAUGCUCCGUCGCUUUCGAGAGGCCCUAGAAGAUUCCCAGCAGGCCGUGCGGCUGGAUGACUGUUUCAUGAAGGGUCAUCUACGCGAGGGCAAGUGCCACCUGUUGUUGGGAAAUGCCAUGGCAGCCAGUCGCUCCUUUCAGAAGGUUUUGGAGCUGGAGCCCGCCAACAGAGAGGCCCAGCAGGAGAAUAAGACCGCAGAGACUCUACUGGAGUUCGAACGAAUGGCGGAUUUUGGCUUCGAAAAGCGGGAUUUCAGGAAGGUGGUGUUCUGUAUGGACCGGGCCUUAGCUGUGGCUUCUGCCUGCCACCGCUUCAAGAUCCUCAAGGCUGAGUGUCUUGCUCUGCUGGGACGCUAUCCAGAAGCCCAGUCAGUAGCAAGUGAUAUCCUGCGAAUGGAUUCCACGAACGCAGACGCUCUUUACGUUCGAGGUCUGUGUCUCUACUAUGAGGACUGCAUCGACAAAGCUGUCCAGUUCUUUGUUCAGGCUCUACGUAUGGCACCGGACCAUGAAAAGGCCCGGCUAGCCUGCAGGAAUGCCAAAAACUUGAAAGCCAAGAAAGAGGAGGGCAACCAGGCGUUCAAGAACAACAACUAUGAAGCUGCCUACCAGCUGUACACAGAGGCUCUGACGAUAGACCCCAACAACAUCAAGACCAACGCUAAACUCUACUGCAACAGAGCCACAGCAGGAGCAAAGCUGAAGAAACUCAACGAGGCCAUUGAUGACUGCACCAAUGCAAUAAAACUAGACGACACUUACAUCAAGGCCUACUUAAGAAGAGCUCAGUGUUACAUGAACACAGAACAGUAUGAGGAGGCCGUACGGGACUAUGAAAAAGUUUACCAGACAGAAAAAACAUCAGAUCACAAGCACUUGCUGAAGACGGCACAGCUGGAGCUAAAGAAGAGCAAGAGGAAAGAUUACUACAAGGUGCUGGGAGUCGGCAAGAACGCCACCGAGGAUGAGAUCAAAAAGGCAUAUCGCAAACGAGCCCUUAUGCACCACCCAGAUCGCCACAGCGCAGCAACUCCAGAGGUGCAAAAGGAAGAGGAAAAGAAAUUCAAGGAGGUGGGGGAGGCCUUCACUGUGCUCUCCGACCCAAAGAAGAAGGUCCGCUAUGACAACGGACACGACCUGGAUGAUGAUGGCUGCUGUGAUGGGAGAGAUUUUGACGCAAACAACAUCUUCAGAGCUUUCUUUGGCGGCCAUGGUGGAGGAUACAGUUUCGAUUCCAGUCCAGAAUCCGCACCUGGAAAUUUCUUUUUCCAAUUUGGCUAAAGUGGAGGAGCAUGUGGGAAAAUGCAGCCCUGCAGUGGACAAAAUGAAGUUGGACUCACAGACACCUCCCAAUGCUCAUUCUCCUGAGUGUCUUGCAAAAACCUCCUCACUUUUCUUUUUAAAGAGGUUUUUGCGUUCACUCCUAAAUUUACUCCUUGCGUUGAUGCUAACAAAGCAUGGGAAGGAUAAUUCAGAGGCUUUAGGUAUGAGUUAACAAUAAACAGGUGUUUAAGAUUUAUUUUGUUUGUUUUUUAAAAGUUUGGAUCAGCUGAUUGGAGUCAUGUCCCUAUUGCCAAAAUCAAAAUAUUAAAUGAAAUCUAAUCUUGUAAAACUGCCUCAACCUUCGUAAAGGUGAUCAGUAGUAAGAAAUAAAUUGGAAGUGUAAGCAUCAUGGUGGAUUAGUUUUAGAAGACAUAACAUGGUAUACGUUUUUAAGAUUCUCCUGGGAUAGCAUGUCUAUAAAGCAAGAGGCAUUGUACUGUAAGUUCAAUGUCAAAACUGACCUCAGGACAGCCUGUUAAGGACAACGCUCGUCCCUUGAGGGUGUGUGUCCAGGUUUUAUUGGCUCACUUGCCAAAUAUAGAAUCGACCUGCAGGGUUUUUGUUUCCUCUCCUUUUCUUCAUGCUGCAUUGUAUAUUUGACUUGAAUGUAAAUCGUUUUUUGUCCAUAAAUUUUUCUUCUUCAUUCUUCCCGCGGUCUAUUUAUAUUUAUUGUACUGUACAUUAUAACCUGUAUACAGCACAGUGCCAGUGUUCCUUGUCAUCCUCAAUUUUUUAAGAGACUGAUUUGUAAAUGUUUCCAUCCUCUUCGCUCUCGGAUUGUGAGGCCAAAAUCAGCAUACAUACUGUACACCUAAAGAUUUUCUUCUGUUGAAAGCACCAACCACACAUCUGUCCUAACUGUCCCAUUCAAAUUCAAGUGGUGCCUUACAAGAAUGAGCAGAUCCAUGAACCUUCUUCGAGUAAAACCGACAUCAAAACCUGCAGAGCAAGCACAUCCUAUUUGCAAAAGGCAACAGUUUUUUUUUUUUUUUUGUUGGUUUUUUUUGUGCUCUUUCAUAUGAAAAUCUUUUUUUAUAUAUAUCUGGCCAGUAAACAAAAUUGCAAGUGAAUUCAUCAUCCUGUCAAAUAUAAAGACUUACAUUUCCAUUCAUGCAUCAAUCACACCUAGCUGUCACCCACCUAGUCUUGUCAUGCACGUUGGGUCAGUACAGCCCUUCCCCGACUUGUUCCGCCUGUUUUAAAAGGGGCACUGAUAGCAGGUUGGAAGCUCCUGUUGUUAAUAGUUGUGUCACUGAUCUAUGUAUCAUUUUUAAGACUUGUCACAGUAUUCACAAGACAUGCUUUUCUUAUUACAAAAAUAAAGGCUCGUCUUUUACUGUAA